CCAUUUUCGGUUCCGGGAUAUACCUGUAGAAAUGCUCUAACCUUAGAUUAUGUUCAGCGUCAUAGCUCCGACCUGAACUUCCAGCACAUCGGAAGGCCAGUGUUACACUGCUGCCUGCGCCGCCGCUCACCGUGCCUCCGCCGAUGGAGAUGGUCGCUGCCCCCGUCUCCCCCGCUCCCCGCACAGUCGAGGACAUCUUUAAGGACUUCUCCAACCGCCGCAGCACACUCGUCCGCGCUCUCACCGUCGAUGUGGAAGACUUCUACAGGUACUGCGACCCAGAGAAGGAGAAUUUGUGUCUGUACGGACACCCCAACGGCAGUUGGGAGGUCGCGCUGCCGGCGGAGGAGGUGCCCCCGGAGAUGCCGGAGCCGGCGCUGGGGAUCAACUUCGCCAGGGAUGGGAUGCACCGCCGUGACUGGCUCUCCCUCGUUGCCGUCCACUCAGACUCGUGGCUGCUCUCCGUUGCCUUCUUCUUUGGCGCGCGUCUCAAUGCAAACGAGAGGAAGCGCUUAUUUACUAUGAUCAAUGACCAACCAACUGUGCUUGAAUCAUUAUCUGAACGGAAGCAUGGGAGGGAUAAUAAAUCUGGUGUUGACAACAGUGGCAAAUCAAGACACUCGGGAAAGCGAACGAAUAAUGACAUGCAGACAAAGAACUCAAGGCCAGCUGUUGUUGAUGACGCCUACAAGGAUGAUGAUGAACACAGUGAAACCCUUUGUGGAACCUGCGGUGGUCGCUACAAUGCAAGUGAGUUCUGGAUUGGGUGUGAUAUUUGUGAGCGGUGGUUCCAUGGCAAGUGCGUGAGGAUAACUCCGGCCAAAGCGGAGCACAUUAAGCACUACAAGUGCCCUGAUUGCAGCUCCAAGAAAAGCAGGCAAUAAAACCACGGAGCUGCUCCCCAACUGACCGAUGAAACAAUACUUCUCUAGUCUAGUCUAGGUAAGGUUUGCGGCAGAUGUGAAUUGCUCCUCGUUAUUACGUACUGCUGUGCUAGAUGUUGGAAAGACAUACAAGAUUGUUGGUUUUCUAAACUGUUCAAUUGAUGAUGCUGUUUAUUGUAGUUUAA